AUGAACAAGAUUACCUCGGUCAGAGAUCGGGUCUGGUCACGACGAGAGAUCGAGGCGCUGAUAGCGGAUGGGAGAAAGAUAUUCAUAAUAGAUGGACGAGUGAUCAAGGCCGAUGCAUGGGCCCCUUUCCACCCUGGAGGCGACAAGGCCAUCCUGCACAUGGUUGGAAGAGAUGGAACAGACGAAAUCCGAGCCCUACAUUCUCUCGAAGCUCAAGCACAUAUGCAGAAAUUUGUCAUUGGAAGAGUCGAGGGUCGUUGGAUCAAUUUCCUGCCUCCCAUCCAGGGCGGACAUUUCAGACCCUUUCUCCAGGAGGAAGAACAUGAGGAUGAUAACGGCUCGCAGACCGAUGGUGGACUCAGCAGCUCGAACAGCAGCACUCCACCAUCUCCUAUCUUCGAUGCUAUCGAUUCGGAAGUCCGCAAGCGCACAUCGAGCUCAUCCGCAUCAGCGGUCUCGGAAUUCGAAUCCACAACUAUCAGACCAGACCCCAUCCAGACGAAACUUUCUGCGGAAAAGGCCUCUGAUAUCCUAAAAUACCCUUCCCUGGACUACACCUCUCAAGAUCAGAUUGUCGCCAAAUACCGAGAGCUCGACGCACGCAUCCGCGCUGCUGGACUGUACAAGUGUCCUUACUGGUCGUAUGGUAUCGAGUCCUGCAGGUACUUGUUUCUGUUCGUCUCCGCGCUCGUAGCCCUGCAUUACGGCCACUACGCCAUCUCUGGAGUGUUGAUUGGUAUGUUCUGGCAUCAACUUGUCUUUACGGCUCACGACUCGGGCCACAUGGGCAUUACGCACCACUUCCACGUCGACACCUGCAUCGGUAUCUUCAUCGCCGACUUCCUAGGUGGGUUGUCUAUUGGUUGGUGGAAACGGAAUCACAAUGUCCAUCAUGUUGUAACCAACUCUCCCGAGCACGAUCCUGAUAUCGAGCAUAUGCCUUUCUUCGCGAUUUCUACUCGGUUCUUUGAGAGCCUGCGCUCGACAUACUACAAUCGCGUCAUGGACUUCGACGUUGUAGCUAAAUGGGCGAUUUCUAAACAACAUUGGCUAUACUACCCAAUUCUCUUGUUCGGUCGAUUCAACCUCUACCGCCUGUCCUGGGAGUACCUGUUGCUGGGCCAAGCUCCCAAGAAGGGCCCGGCUUGGUGGACUUGGUACCUCGAGAUUGCAGGGCAAUUCUUCUUCUGGACCUGGUACGGGUAUGGAAUCAUUUACAAAUCCAUCCCCACAGGUUGGGACAGAUUUGUCUUCAUCAUGCUCUCGCACAUGGUCACCAUGCCUCUGCACGUGCAGAUCACGUUGUCCCACUUCGCCAUGUCGACUACAGACAUGGGCGUGCACGAGUCUUUUGCACAGAAAAUGCUCCGCACGACCAUGGACGUCGACUGCCCUACCUGGCUCGAUUUUUUCCAUGGCGGAUUGCAGUUCCAGGCCGUGCACCAUCUAUUCCCGCGCAUUCCGAGACAUAAUCUGCGCAAGGCGCAGAAAUAUGUCAAGGAGUUCUGCGAGGAUACCGGGAUACCCUAUGUGAUUUACGGCUUCGGAGAGGGCAAUAUGGAAGUCAUUAGCCGGCUCGGUGAGGUUGCCAAACAGGUCAAAGUCUUUGAGGAGUGUAGGAAGGCCUGUGCAAAGGAUGUGGUUGAGGGGCAUGGAUUCGAUCACUAA